AUGGAGAAUGCCAGAAGGGGGACUGAUGAGGCUGCUCAUGGCACUAACGAGCCGGGCUGGCACAUACCCACAGGCCAACUAGCCAAAGUAGAGGAGCUGGAGCCAGUCAGGAGCCUGGGAGUCAGAACUCCUCCAGCACAAGAUGCUGAGCUUCUCCCUGAGCCCCAGAAUGGCACCUGGGCAGGUCUUUCUGCUCUUGGUGUUGCCCUCUACUACUUGGGCUACUACUGGGCAUGUGUGCCCCACAUGCGUUUACUUGUGGCUGGGCCGUUUCUGGCCUUCCUGGAGCAACACUAUCCAGUCACUGUGGAGACUUUCUAUCCCACACUGCCGUGUUUUGAGGGCUCACUAUAAAGCAUCUUCCAGGUCUUCCUGCAGUUACAGCCCCUACUCCCUUACCAGAGUGAAGUCCUCCAAACUCCAGAUGGAGAGCUCCUGCUAGACGGGGCUGAGCUCAGUGACAACAGCCAACACCCUGACCCUGCCACCCAGCCUGUGUUGCUGCUUCCCGGCAUCACAGGCAGCAGCCAGGAAGCACACAUCCUGCACCUAGUUAACCAAGCUUUGAGGAACGGCAACAGGGCUGUUGUAUUUAAUAACUGGGGCUACCGUAGGGAAGAACUGCUAACCCACAGGGUUUUUUGUGCCAGCAAUACUGAAGACCUAGAGACAGUUGUGAACCACAUAAAACAUUGCUUCGCACAAGUUCCACUGCUGGCCAUGAGCAUCUCUUUAAGAGGGAUUUUGGUGCCAAACCACCUGGCACAGGCCAGGCAGGCUGCAUGGGUGGUGGCAGCACUGACUUUGUCUGCAUGCUGGGAUUCCUUUGAGACCACCCAUUCCCUGAAGACCCCACUCAACUCACUGCUCUUCAGUCAGCCCCUCACUGCCAGGCUCUGCUAAUUUGUGGGCUGAAACAGAAGUGUGGUUGAAAAGGUGGUGGACACAGACUUUGUCCUGCAGGCCUGCACAACCCACCAGUUUGAUGAGCGCUACAUAUCUUUGACCUUUGGAUAUCAGAAUUGUAAUUGUGUUUCCUACCACCAAUCAGCAAGCCCAAGAACCAAGGUAGAUGCCAUCCAGAUCUUUGUGCUCUGCCUCACUGCAGACGACCCCUUCUCCCCAGUCUAUGCCUUUCUCCUAGAGGCUGCCCAACACUCUCCCCACAUUGCACUGCCCAUCACAGCCUGGGGCGGCCACAUCAGCUUCCUAGAAGGGCUGCUCCCCUGGCAGCAGUGCUACAUGAGCUGCCUCUUGCAUCCGUAUGCCAGAGCCAUCUUCCAGCACCCGGCAGAGCUGCCUGACCUCAGGGUUUGCUCACCUUCUAAGGACAGAAAGAAAUGA